GGUGGCAAGGGAAGAAGGGAGUAAUCGGAAGGGCGAGUACGUAAGUCAGUGAAUGAGUCAUUCGCCGCCAGCACUAGCUCAGAGCAUCACGGAGGACAGCAUCGUCGUCAGAAUGAGUCGCUUCAGAGGACGUUUCCUGAUGGACAACUUUCCCCAUCACGACGAGUUUCUGGUUCCCAUGGACGUUUUCGGUUCGUCUUUCGAUGAAUACCGGCAACGUGUUCGGAGGCAGAUCGACGAUAUCAUGAGAGAUGCAACUCACAGACCCGAGCGAGACCUUCGCCGACAGCUCAGCGGAGUUUUCAACCGCUAUUCGAGAACCUUCCAGGAUGAUAUGUUCGACGACAUCUUCAAAGAGCUGCAGUUUCCGACCGACAGCGGUUUCCAGCAAGUGGCCCGAGAGGUUAAAGCCGAAGUAGACGAGAAGAAUCGGCUGCUCGUGGAGCUUGACGUCCACGAGUUCGAGCCCGAAGAGAUCACAGUCAAAGCGGUCGAGAACCAGUUGAUCGUCCACGCGAAAAAAGAGACGCAGAACUGCUGCAAAGAGUUCCGGCGCGAGAUCCAACUUCCCGACGGUAUCGAUCUUGACACAGUAACGUCGAAUCUCAGCCCUCAGGGUCUCUUGUCGAUUCACGCCCAAAUGCCUACAGCUCAGCAGCCUCAAAUCAGCGCCGCUUCACAACCUCAACGACUUUCACACGGCCGGACGGAACUUCAGACAGUUCCGAAUGUGCCCAACAACGUCGAGGCAGAGCCUACCGAGGUACACAAAUCCGAGGUCUGCUUCAAUGUUGGGCCCGCCCCGGGUCACUGAAUUAGAUCCUGUUAAAUAUCUGGUCUCAUCAUUCCCACUAUGUCCUUCUCUUGAACCCGAUCGCUGCACCAUUCAACGCCGAAGGUCGAAAUGAAGACGCAUCCAUGUUUUGUAUUCAUUAAAUAAAGGUCUCUAAUGGCUCAUGGACAAA